UUUGUUUACGUUGAUCAGCUGUGAGUGCGAGGGGAGCACGCGAGGCUGGCAAGGCUUGCAUGCACAAAUACCACUCAGACUUUCAAGACCAUCAACCUCACCAGGAACUUCCUACAGAAAACAAAUCAACUCCACCGCAUAUAGCUUGAACACCUCACCACCGCAUACCGCACCUUUGGGGCACUAGAGGCUGUGACACACAGCCUGCACGGCCCCAACAAGCCCCCAAGAAGACGACGACUUGCAUGGGGUCCUUGGUGAAGCCCGUCUGUCACCCACAUACCAACUUAACUUUUGCCUUUUAAUGUACUUCUCUCCCAUGGAGGUUUAGGUGUGGAGCAUCAGGAUAAAUUCAGAUGAAGUUAAAUUGUUUUUCGUUAUAAAGACUGGUGAGAAGCUGCGAAUCUUGUUACCAUGAUUAGACGGCUGGUGGUGCAUGGCACCUCAGAAGCUUUGUGUCGCUGCCGGGCAUCCCUCUACACUUCCCAUGCACUGUCUGCAAGAGCAAGGGACAAUGAUGAUAUAUGGGAGAGGGCAUAUGAACAGACAGUGCCAAGAACCAUGGAAGAAAUGACCAACCUGCUGAAGCAACAAGUAGUAUCACCACCAAAUUCUCAUCUCCUGAAGGUGGCCAUCGUGGGCAUGCCAAACUGUGGCAAGAGUACACUAAUCAACAAACUCAUGGGAUGGAAGGUGUGCAGCUCCUCUCAGAAGGUGCACACCACUCAGGUUAAUGCACGGGCUGUGUACAAUGUAGGCUCUACUCAGAUGGUCUUCCUUGACACCCCUGGACUUGUCUCACCACAGGAAGUUGCAAGGCACAAGUUACAGCGACACCUCCUGACUGAGCCUGAGUUGUCCCUUCAUGAGGCAGACCUCCUUGCAGUGGUGCAUGACAUCUCCUGCCACUUCACACACAGCAGCCUCCACUCGCGUCUUGUACGCCUACUGGCCCUCCAUCCAACCAUCCCAGUAGUACUCGUCCUCAAUAAGGUGGAUCUACUUAAGUCCAAGGGAAACCUUCUGCACAUUACUCGCAUCCUUACUGAGGGAAUUGUUGGAGGCCGAAAAUUCAUCCAUACCACCAAGGGGUCUCAGGAAGCAAGUAAAGAAGAGUUGAUCAGAAGAGCUUUGUUGCAAGAGAAACUUUCAUCUUCCCAAGACCAACCUUCAGCACAACCUCAUCUUCUUGAUAAUGAGAAUGUUAAUAGAACCUUUGAGAGUGAGAAUGCAGGAAAUACUCUCCAGACUCCAGAUGUUGGUGACAAUUUAUUGCACACUGCAUAUGACAUCUCACAUAUAAAGGAGAGUGAUAUCCUGGCAGGAAGAGUGCACCUCACUGAGCAUCAGGUCCAGAGCUUCAUAAAGGGCCGCAGAUCAUGGCCUUUGUUUGAUGAUGUGUUUAUGAUAUCAGCUCAAGAUGGGACAGGAGUGGAUGACUUAAGAGACUUCUUGUUAUCAUGUGCACAACCACGGCCUUGGAUCUUCAAUCCAAAGGUGGUGACUGACCAGAACCCUGAGGAAAUUGCCCUGAUGACAGUAAGGGAAAAAUUUCUGGAGCAGUUCAAGGAGGAAAUUCCUUACACAUUGAAGUUUUCUGUUGAGUACUGGGAUCUCACUGAGACUGAAUUAUUGAGCAUCAUUGUAAAGGUGCAGUGUGCCAAAAAGGGCCUCAUUCGGGUGCUUCUGGGAAACCAAGGGAGCAAAAUCUCCUCAAUGGCCCAAAAGGCAGAACAGGAUCUUCGCAACACCUUCAGGAGUGAGGUCAAGCUUCGCCUCAAUGUUGUGUAUGACCGCUUCCUGAAGAAGAAAAUGGCCAAUAGAUAAAAAGCUUUAAUAUUACUAGUGAGAAAUUUAUUUGUUCUUCAUAGAAAUAUACUUAAUGUGCAUUA